AUGAUUGAUUGUUUGUGUUUCUUCAACAAGGAGGCAUUGGUUCUAAAAGGUCCUAAGAAAUCUCCAUUGUUAUUGAGAUUGGUGGUCUUGGCAUUUGCUAUGGUUUGUGGAGUUUAUAUUUGCUCAAUAUGCUUAAAGCAAAUAAAUCCACACACAACAGCCAAAUUCUUAAACAUGAGAAUAUUUGACCAGCCAUGUAAUUCUUCAGAUAUUGAAGAAUGGGAAAUGCACUAUGUGCAUUACCCAAAACCUGAAACGUUCAGCAGGGAGGAAUGUGCCUGCAACCCAGUAAGAUAUUUUGCUAUAUUCUCUAUGCAGAGAUCUGGAAGUGGAUGGUUUGAGACAUUAUUAAAUAGUCAUAUUAAUGUAAGCUCGAAUGGAGAAAUUUUUGGAAAGAAAGAAAGAAGGGCAAAUAUUUCUGCAAUUGCGCAAACUUUGGAUAAAGUAUAUAAUCUUGAUUGGUUCAGUAGUGCUUCUAAGAAUGAGUGUAAUGCUGCUGUUGGUUUCAAAUGGAUGCUUAAUCAGGGUGUGAUGGAACAUCAUGAAGGUAUAGCAGAGUACUUCAAGCAGAAUGGAGUUCAUGCAAUAUUUCUAUUCAGAAGGAAUUUGCUCCGUAGAAUGAUCUCUGUACUUGCAAAUUCCUAUGACAAAAGCAACAAGCCACUAAAUGGAACCCACAAGUCUCACGUCCACUCAUCAGUAGAGGCUAAGGUUCUUGCAAAAUACAAGCCAACAAUAAAUGCCACGACGCUGAUAGCUGAACUGAAGCAUGUAGACGAUAGGGCUAUCAGGGCCAUAGAUUAUUUCAAUAGCACUCGUCACAUUGUUGUUUACUAUGAAGAUGUCGUCGGUAACCGCACAAAACUGAAAGAAGUUCAAGACUUCUUGAGGUUGCCCUAUAGAGAACUUACAAGCCGUCAGGUUAAGAUACACAGUGGACAUUUAUCAAGACAAGUGCAGAACUGGGAUGAAAUCUAUGAAGUAUUGAAAGGAACCAAGUAUGAGAGUUUUCUUCAUUUGGACUAUCAAAAAUAG